CCUUCCCCGCCCUAGUGAGGUACAGGCACCCGGAAGGGCCGGGAAUGCAGCCCCGCCUCUGGCGCGACUCUGGCCGGGAGAGCAGGGGUGGUAGCUGGUAGAUGGACUGGGUCGUCGGCCAGCAAGCAGCAUGGAGGCGCCGUGGGGGACCAUCAGUGCGGAGCCGGGCUGGUUUGUCUCUACCCAGCAGAUAGAAGAAGCAGAGGCGGAAGAGUUGAGCCCGUUGCUAAGCAACGAACUUCACAGACAGGGAUCCCCAGGUGUUUCAUUUGGUUUCUCAGUGUUUAAUUUGAUGAAUGCCAUCAUGGGAAGUGGCAUCCUUGGCUUAGCUUAUGUUAUGGCUCACACUGGCAUUCUUGGAUUUAGUUUGUUGCUGCUGAUAGUUGCUCUGCUGGCUUCUUACUCAGUUCAUCUCCUGCUUAGUAUGUGUAUUCAGACAGCUGUGACGUCUUAUGAAGAUCUUGGACUUUUUGCAUUUGGAUUACCUGGAAAGGUGGUGGUGGCAGGCACUAUAAUAAUUCAGAAUAUUGGCGCCAUGUCAUCUUAUCUUUUAAUUAUUAAAACAGAGCUUCCUGCAGCUAUUUCAGAAUUUUUGUCUGGAGACCAUAGUGGGUUUUGGUAUCUUGAUGGUGAAACAUUACUAAUAAUCAUUUGUGUGGGCAUUGUGUUCCCUCUUGCACUUCUUCCUAAAAUAGGCUUUCUGGGCUACACAAGUAGUUUAUCAUUUUUCUUUAUGGUGUUCUUUGCUAUUGUGAUAAUAAUUAAAAAAUGGUCCAUCCCCUGUCCUCUGACAUUAAAUUACAUAGAGCGAUAUUUCCAGAUUUCAAAUGCUACAGAUGAUUGUAAACCAAAGCUCUUUCAUUUCUCCAAAGAGAGUGCUUAUGCCAUACCAACCAUGGCUUUUUCAUUUCUCUGCCACACCUCAAUAUUGCCCAUAUAUUGUGAACUUCAAAGCCCUUCAAAGAAAAGAAUGCAGAAUGUAACCAAUACAGCAAUUGCUUUAAGUUUUCUCAUUUAUUUUAUAUCUGCACUCUUUGGGUACCUUACUUUUUAUGACAAUGUGGCGUCAGAAUUACUACAAGGUUAUAGUAAAUACUUGCCACAUGAUGUUGUUGUCAUGACUGUGAAGUUAUGCAUACUAUUUGCUGUGCUUUUGACAGUCCCUCUAAUCCACUUCCCUGCGAGGAAAGCAUUAAUGAUGAUAUUUUUCUCCAAUUUUCCAUUCUCAUGGAUUCGCCACUUUUUAAUCACUCUAGCCCUCAAUAUUAUCAUUGUCCUACUUGCAAUAUAUGUUCCUGACAUUAGGAAUGUAUUUGGUGUAAUUGGUUCCAGUACAUCAACGUGUUUGAUUUUUGUGUUCCCGGGGCUAUUUUAUCUUAGACUGAGCAGAGAGGAUUUUCUCUCAUGGAAAAAGUUGGGGGCAUUUGUUUUGCUCAUCUUUGGUAUUUUGGUUGGUAAUUUCAGUUUAGCACUUGUUAUUUUUAAUUGGAUUAAUAAAUGACAAAUAUUUUCCUAC